UCACUCUACUUCGGGACUAGGGUUCUCGGGCCACCUGGAUGCGUCUUGAUCAUUGGACUGUCGACCUCCUUCCAGCGCUUCGGUGAUACGCCUUCGCUCCUGGGGUGGACGACCUCGAGGUCACCCGACUGGUCAACUGUAGUGGGCUCCAUAUUGCGGCAAACUCUCAUACGACCCAGACGGACCGCGAUGACGCUCAUCGCCUGACUGCCAUCUCUCUUACCGUAGAGAUAUGUUGGUACGGGUCGUGAUAUGCAGCCUACGCCAGUACCAUCAACGAUGCAUGGGACGUCCCGCCUGUCGCAAUCAAGGCUUUCGCGUGGGUGUCGGAUCUGUCCAUUCUAUUGUUCUUCUUCGGGUGUACCGCCGGUGUUGGGCCUCGUGCACCUCGCAUAUCGACCUUAUCCGGCGCCUGCCAUCAUCCGACGCCCGCUGGUCGUUCUCAUCGCCGCGAUCACUGGACUCAGCACCACUGAAUGGACUGUCGCAAGCAGGGUACUACUUUGCUAUCGGUCCUGGAUUCUUGAGGCCAAGAUCAGAUACCCCCGAAGCUAACGUGCGUCCGGUGGCGCCUGAUGGGCCGGUAGGUAUCCCUGAUGUGAGGUGGGGACUACGGAGGGACUUGCGGUCGAUCUCGAGGCGAAAGCGAGCGUGGACGCGAAGACAUACGACUCGCAUGCACCGCCUUUCAUCUCAGUUCAGUGCGAUGAGUCCUGAUGAGCGUAUCACGCCCAGCCAUCCGUGGCUCCGGGCGACGAGCGGCGAAUUAGCGGCAGGAAUGGGACGAAGUGUUUCACGGCAAAGCGAUCCCCUUCCAGCGCAAACUCUAGCCCAUUGUGAUGCAGCCCUUCCGAUACAAUGUGUAGAAACCUGGGCCAAGGCCUCUUGCAACAGUCGAGCCGACGUCCGAGGGAGGAAGAGAGCCUCUGACCGCUGAGUCAUUCAUCUCGAACAAGGCGCAGCUCCGGCCAGCGCCCGGCGCCAUCAAGCAUCAGCCGCUCGCAUGCGCGCUAUUGCAAAUCACAGGCUCUGCCCCUGGUACCGUGAUCUGAACGGCGCUAUUUGAUGGUCUUCAAACACACAGCAUCGACCCUCUCUCCCUCCCUCCACCACUCACGAUGGGCCAGCAGUACGAGGAUGAGGACCCUCUCACGCGCGCGAUCGCGCCCCCACCGAAUGAGACCCCUC